GCCUCUGCCAGUAGGUUACUGUUAAUUUGACAAUAAACUUUUUACAGUGUGCCCUUUGAGCAUGAAAAGUCAUUAACUGUUGUUUUUUUACAAGCUCAAAGUUCACUGUCAGCUCUAACAGGUGGAGCACUUCUGAUCCAUCCGCGUCCACCUGCAGCUCAUGGGUUUGGCUUCCCCGCUUGCUUCUGCAAGUGUCACAGAGGUGUCUGGUGACCACUGCUCUCUCUCAUCUCACACUCACACUCAACUAAUGGACUGCUUUGCCCCUCCCCUCCGUUUCUCCAUCUCGGACUGGGAGGUAGUGAGAGGAGGAGAGGAGGCAACAGCCCACUGUUCCCCUGGGCCCUGCUACACGGCUCAAUAGCUCAGCUCCUGGAUGGGAUCAUAACCCUGAGUGCUGGCCAAGAGAAGAGAAGCUUCCCCUCACAUCCAGAAUUCCUGCUGCAGGGUGGAGUUUCUCCCAGGAUAACAAACUCACUCGAACCCCACCAUGGCUGACCGUAAGGUGGCCCCCGUUGUGGUUAUGCUUCUCGUCCUGGUUGCACCAGCCCUGAGCGGAUGCCCAAGUGCCUGCCGCUGCUCCUUCGCCAUGCUUCAAUGCCUGGAGCCGGAUGGAAUCACCAGCAUCCCUGCGCUGGCGGCGCAGGAGAGCGAAAACGUCACUGAAAUAUACAUAGAGAGUCAAACCAACCUGGAGAACAUCACAGACAUAGACCUCGCCAACUACAGAGAACUGAAGAACCUGACGGUCACAUAUUGUAGGUUGCUGUACAUCUCCGAAAAUGCCUUCCAGCAUAAUUUCAAGCUGCAGUAUGUAAAUCUGGCGUCUAAUUAUCUGGUGCACAUCAGUUGGAGGGUGUUCCAAUCGGUCCCUCUGUUGAGUCUAAUCUUAAGGGACAAUCCGCUCACCUGCUCAUGUGACAUUUACUGGCUUCAGCAGUGGCACAGAAAAAGACAAAGUGACAUUGAUUCUCAACAAACCUGCGUCCACAAUGGCAACAGCAUUCAACUGGAUUCAUUUGAAAUGGAUAACUGCAGUAUUCCCGAGGUCACAAUUCACCCAUCGACACUGACCACUCAAGAAGGUGGAAAUCUGACAUUUACCUGUCUGGUGACUGGAGUACCAACACCGAUGAUCCACUGGAGAACAGAGCACCUAAAGUCUAACUGGACCCUGCAGCAAGGGAUCUGGGGAUCGACCCUGGAGCUGAUUCUGUACAUGAGGAACGUGUCGUCUGGAGACAACCUGCACAACCUCACCUGUGAGGCAGAGAAUCGCGCUGGAAUGGGAGAAGCCGUGGUGCAGCUGGACAUCGAAUUUCCAGUGCGGAUCUUGUUUCUGAAGGACCCAGAGCCACAACAUCACUGGUGUUUCCCAUUCACUGUGGACAGCAAUCCUCCUGCCACCAUCAGAUGGCUGUACAACAACCUGCCUCUCAUCGAAACACGCUACACCUACACCGAACUGAUCCGAGAUGCGGCCGACGGCUCCAUUCAACACGGCUGUCUGUUCCUCAACAAGCCCACGCACCUCAACAAUGGCAACUACACGCUCAUCGUGGAGAAUAAACUGGGUAGAGACCAGGCUACACGCUACGGGAAGUUCAUGGAAAAUCCUUUUGAGCCCUUUGACCCGGAGGGCAUCAUUCUUGUCCUCACCGAUGAACCAACAGCUCCCACUAACCAAUCAGCGGAUACGGAGAAACUGGAGAGCAGAGUGUUUGGGGUGUCAGUAGCAGUGGGUCUCGCUGUGUUUGCGUGCACAUUUCUGCUCAUCAUGGUUGUCGUCAUCAAUAAAUGUGGACAGCACUCCAAGUUUGGCAUCCACCGUUCAUCUGUUCUAGGCACCGAGGAUGAUUUGGCCGUAUCUCUUCGCUUCAUGAACUUUGGUGCAAGUCCUCCAUCUUCAGAUGAUGGCAUGCUGGAUUCUGGCUUGUCCAGUUUUGUAGAGAACCCGCAGUACUUCUGUGGCAUCAUCAAAGAUAAAGACAUGUGUGUUCAGCACAUUAAAAGAAAAGACAUUGUUUUGAAAUGGGAACUGGGUGAAGGAGCUUUUGGCAAGGUUUACCUGGCAGAAUGUGCCAACCUGUGUCCUGAUACUGACAAGAUGUUGGUUGCUAUCAAGACCUUGAAAGUUGCCAACGAGUCCACCCGGCAGGACUUCCAGCGCGAGGCUGAGCUUCUGACAGUGCUGCAGCAUGAACACAUAGUGCGGUUCUACGGCGUGUGUACAGACGGAGAACCUCUGGCCAUGGUGUUUGAGUAUAUGCGACACGGAGACCUCAACCGCUUUCUAAGGGCUCACGGUCCAGAUGCUCGUAUCCUGGAUGAGAUGAAGGUUCCUCCGAUGGGUCAGUUGACUCUUCCUCAGAUGCUCCACAUCGCAGCUCAGAUCGCCUCGGGCAUGGUGUACCUCGCUUCCCUUCAUUUCGUCCACAGAGACCUGGCCACCAGGAACUGUCUGGUCGGAGAAGGGCUGGUGGUGAAGAUUGGGGACUUUGGGAUGUCGAGAGACAUUUACAGCACUGAUUACUACAGAGUCGGUGGGAGGACGAUGCUGCCCAUUCGCUGGAUGCCGCCAGAAAGCAUCAUGUACAGGAAGUUCACCACGGAGAGUGACAUCUGGAGUUUUGGAGUGGUUCUUUGGGAAAUCUUCACCUACGGCAAACAACCCUGGUAUCAGCUAUCCAACAGUGAGGCCAUUGAGUGCAUCACACAGGGGCGAGAGCUUGAACGGCCACGUACCUGCCCGAAAGAAGUGCAUCUCCUCAUGCAGGGCUGCUGGCAGAGAGAACCGCAGCAGAGGCUCGUCAUUAAAGACAUCUACAACCGGCUCGUGGCCCUUGUCAAGAACCCGCCCGUCUAUCUGGACAUCCUGGAGUAACAGCACCCUGAUCGGACCUGCGUGGAAAAGACAUACUUCUGGACGCAGGCCGUUUGAGGAGGAAAAUCAGUGGUGGGUUCUGAAAGGACACAAUUCACAAACUGUCUCACAUGUGCAGUAUGAACAUUUCCGGUGAUGGUUGUGAAUGUUUUACAUACAGGUACAUUGUGUUUAAAUUUGAAAAAUAAAAAAAAAUUAAAAAGUACGAGAAACAGACUGAGUAAAUAGACAGUUGAUACUUUGAACAUGCAUUAGUGGAAAUUGCUCAUGGAUCGUCAUGACUCACCCUGAAGAGACAUUUGAUUUUCUAUAUGAGGAUACUUAUGACCAGGUCUUGUAAUUAAAGGUCAUUAAAGGUGAAGUGUGUAAUUUUUCUCAAUGCAGUCUAAUAUGCAGACAUUGUAGGUUGAUUUUCUCAAAUAAUGUAAAAACUGUGGCUCUGUUUGUUGAGCAUCCUGCCCAGCCUGACAUAGCAACAGCCUCAACUAAUGGCAUGAGUUUGGGGGCGGGACUUUCUGUUUGUCUGACCAAUGGGGAGAGUGGAAACCUGGGCUUGUAUUACAGAAUCAUCCUAAUUCAUAAUCCAUUUCUAUCUGUUUACAGGGUCUCUGCAGGAUUUAUGAAGAUAAAAUUAGAGGUUUUUAGGAACUUUUUCAGACUACCUUCCUAUCACACUGCAAAAAAAUAAAUAAAUUAAUUAAAAAAAAUCCAGUGCUACUGUUUAAAGAUUCAUAAAUCAAUAAGACACAUUUACUUGAGGUGCAAAAUGACAAAAGAAAUCUUGUCUUCUGAGAAAUGUAUAAAAAUGAAGUGAGUUUAUGACUGAAACAAGAACAAUAUCUACCAGUGGCUUAUCUAACAAUUAUUAAAUAUUGAUAUAGAAUUUUGUUAGACAUUGUUAGAUUUUUAUGCUGGUUUUAAGCAUAAACUUUUGUUCAAUUUCUCACAAAACCAGACUUCAUACCUGGACAAAAAUACUCAUGAAUAACUUUAUUUAUUUAUUUUUUUGCAACGCAUGCAACAUUUAAUGCCAUGAAUUAAUGAAUUCAAAACAUUCUUCUCCUGGUUAAGUAACUGGUUAUUAUCACUUAGGAAUUCAAAUCUUAAGGCAAGAAUUAUGAUGGGAAGUUUCUGUAAUACAGCUUAUUUUAGCAUUUGGUUCUCUAAUGUCACAUUUAUUACAUACUUCACCUUUAACCAUCAUGUGCCCCCCAAACAAAGUCUCUUUAAGUUGCUGUGAUUUACACAUUGUGCCAAUCUGACUGCAUUUCUUUUCUGUGUCUUGCGAUUAUGAAUAUACUACAUCAAUCUGUUAUGUGAUCGAAACAUGCAUGUAUUGUACAUCUCUAUAUGUUGAAUAGCAACAUCCAUUUAUGGCUCAGAGUUCUGCUUUAUUUUCUAUAUCAAAAGCAUCAACAAGGUCAGCAACAACACAGCAGUGGAGACACAUGGGCUGUGUACGGAAUAAAGUACUAACCUACUGUAUUUAUUUGAAACCGUAUGAAGUAUGAAACGGAAAACUUUUCAAGCAGUUGUUGUAUCACAUAUUUAAGGCAAGAUACUACAGGUGAAUAAAAGAGUAAAAAAAUGCACAAAUCACCAUACUUUUCCCAGUUAAUUAAUCAUAAUCACAUUGCAUUAAGACAAAUGCUUUGUAUAACAAGUUUUAUGAAAUGUUUUGACAGAAAUGUGAACAUUGGAUAAAACGAAGUUGAAAAUUCUUCUAAACAUAUUUAUCCGAUUUUAUCACUUCAUUUAUUAGAAAAUACUAUCAACAGCCAGAAAAAAAUGAACUUUUAUCAUAUUUUUAGGAAUAAAAUGUUACAUAAAGUAUGCACUAUGUAACAUCCUGGCAAAUGUUACAUGAACAAACCAUUCUGUAAAAACCUUCAUACAUCUGGAUAGUCUGGUGCAUGCAAGAAAAAACUCGUUUUGAGAAAAAAGAAAAAAAAAUCUACAAACAUGAAUAUAGAUAAAAUGAAAUAAAAUAAAUGAUUAAAUGUGCAUUUUGGAUGUUUUGGAAGCAAAAUAUAUAUGCAUGAAAAAACACAUUUUACCUGUAGUGCCUUUCCUUAACUUAAAAAAGUUACUGUUUUUAAUCAAAUUUGUGCUAAAAUGUCCAUUUCAAUGAAUUCUAUUAUAAUACCUGCUUUCAAUGAGCAUUUCUCAGUAAUCUCAAUGGCUCAGCAGGCACACACAACAUGCAUGACACCAUCUUUGCUCAUUGGCUCUCAGUUAUGGCCUUAUUUUAAUCCAUAAAUACCAUGUGACUAAUCACUAUAGACCCACACGCUGUAGUACGCUAGUAUGCAAUUCCGAACACAGCCAGAAAUCCAGCAUGACUCUGGUGUAAGGGCAGAGAUCAAUCAAUCAAGUAUUCAUUUAUCAUACAGCAUGUUAAGCUGCAGUGGUCACUGUUUACCAUUUUAUUAUUUUAUUAAUGGGCGUAUCACUUUUAUGUGCUGGUUGUGCCUCUUGUACAUAAUAUAGUUACCGAACUGCAUUAUUUUUUCUUAUUGAUUUUUAUUUUUAUUUUUUAAACCGUAAUCUUACCUAAUGGUUCAAAGACGAAAUAUUAUUUCACAGAUACAAGUCUUCUAUGCCUCCUAAUGUUAUUAAACAAAUGGUUUACAGCUAGAAGACAUAACAGUACAUUUUAAAGGAUGAAACUGAAGUUAAUAAUUUUCUUUAACAUUAAUUAAACAAUAACUGUCAUGGAGUGUUGGCAUCUGACAGCUAACUUAUCAUUUGUUUCAUUGUACAAAUAAAUAUAACAAUUUGGAUA